AUGUCCACCACCGUGGGGAUCCCGUCGCCGGCGACGAAGCUCACCGCCCAUCGCCACCACCUCCGCCGCCGCCGCCGCACAGUCGUCGGCCCCGCCGCCGCCGCCACCCGCCCCGCCUACUCCCUCAUCUCCGCAGCAAACGUCCAAAAAGCCCUGCGAGGGCUCGCGAUUACGGAUGUUGAUCAUUAUGGAAGGCUUGGAAUCAGCAAAGGCACUUCAUAUGAUCAGGUUAACGUCGCCUUCAAGAAGAAGCAGGAAGAACUGAUGAAUAAGGAACUGGAUGAAGAGGAAGCCAAGAAGGAGCUAGAACUUCUGAAGGAAUCCUACAACAUUCUCUCAUCUGAAGAAGAGAGAAGACUGUAUGACUGGAGUUUGGCAAGGAGUGAGAGGCCAGAAAGAUAUGUGUGGCCUUUUGAGGUUGACAUUACUGAGACACCAACACAGCCACCACCCCCUAAGGAACCUGAAGAUGUGGAACCAACAAGGCUUGUUGGCUACUUCUUCCUAGCUUGGUUGAUCCUGUCUUUUGCAUUAUCUGUUACUCUCAAUAGAUGAGAGCUCUAAAAAAAAAAAAAGAGAAAACCUUGCAAAUAUUCAAUGCAUACUAUACUGCAUUACAUUAUCGAAGGUUUUCUUACUUACUUUAUUUCUUUUCUUUUAAACUGUCUUUACCUUUAACUCGUGAACAACAUGAACUAUUAAGUUCUACUACAUGUAUUUGACUAUGUUCCCGCAAAUCUGCAUAUUUUAUACAUCAAA